GUUCUAAUUCUAAUAAAACCCUCCCCCCAUACAAAUGCUAUAUUACAGCUCGUAUGCAGGCGUAACCGAGUGAGUCGUCUGCACACUUCAGGCAUUUCCAAUUCCAAUUCACAGAGGACAGUGGAGAGAGAGAGGAAAAGGGGUUCCUGUCUACGUUCUUCGGCUUCCGGUCAUCUCGUCAUCUCGUCAUCUCGGCCAUGUUUCAGCAUAAAUACCAGAGGUUCUUGUAGGCUAUCAUGGUGAGAGCUUGAGGUGGCGUCUGGCGGAGCUGCAGAGAGGGGAGAUGAGAGAGAGAGAAGAGAAAUACAGACUACAGAGAUGAUGGCGGAGCCGCGACUGGCAUUGCCGCUUGAUGCUGGUAGUUAGCAUGGGUCGUGUGGCGGAGAUGACAGGUGAGAAGCCGAGAAGAAAACUGAAAACUAUUGGCGAAGCGGCCACCGGCAUUGCUGCUUGGUGCUGGUGAUUGGCGUAGGCUACACGGUGGAGAUAACAGAAGAUAAGCCAAGAAGAGAGACCGAGAGUUAAUUAUCCCAUCACACGUGGAAGAGUGAAGAUUAAAUUAGUGAAGAUGGAGGUGGGUGGUGGGUUUUGAAGAUCCAAGAUAUACAAAUGGAAAGAAGAAUCAUCAGCAUUGAAGCUUGUGGAUAGGAAUGACCCCUCUUUAAUAUUAGAGGGUGAAAUGCAUAAAGAAGAACUUUGUAAAGUUGAACUGAAUCAACUGAUCAUAGAUAAGUCCAAGAAACUUCAGGAUGAUGUCCAAAAGCUAGGGUUGAAAAUUAAACAUCAUGAAGAGAACCUGAAGUUUCUGAAGGCUGUGACAAAUGACUUGGACGAAUCUAUUCUUGAUAUACAAGUUAGUCUUGGAAAGUACCAUUCAUCAAGUGAAGCUAAGAUCGAAACUGAGAAUCUUAACCACUUUCAGACUGAGGAGGACACAAUUGAACAGAUACUAAGGCAGGAGAAAUCUGCUGCAGGCAUAUUAUGCCAACUAAAAAUGCGUCAUGGGACUCAGGCAUCAUAUCUACCAUUAACCAAGGAUGUUCUGGGCAUUGUAGCUACACUUGGAAAAGUAGAUAAUGAUAACCUUAGCAGACUUUUGUCGGAGUACUUAGGAUUGGAGACUAUGAUGGCAAUUGUAUGCAUGACAUAUGAAGGUGUUAAAACUCUAGAAAUGUGUGACAAAGAGGGCAGGAUUAACAAGAGUGCUGGUCUUCAUGGGCUUGGACCUUCAAUUGGAAGGCCCAUGGAUGGUCGAUUUCUAGUUAUUUGUCUUGAAGGCUUAAGACCAUAUGCCGGUGACUUUGUAGCUGAUGACCCACAAAGGAAGCUUGCUCUUUUGAAACCAAGAUUACCAAAUGGGGAUGUUCCACCUGGGUUUAUUGGUUUUGCCGUGAAUAUGAUAACUGUGGACAGUAUGAACUUAUCUUGUCUUACAGCCAGUGGGCAUGGCCUCAGAGAGACUUUAUUCUAUAGUCUUUUCUCUCGCUUGCAAGUAUAUAGAACCAGAGCAGAUAUGCUACUUGCCACCCCCUGUAUAAGUGAUGGUGCCAUUUCUUUAGAUGGUGGGAUGAUUAGGAGCACUGGUAUCUUUUCCUUGGGUGAAAGGAAAGACAUAAAGGUGAGAUUUCCAAUAAGCUGUACAACAUCAAACCUACCUGCAAACUACAUUGAUAUGGAGGAUAGGAUCAAGGAAAUGAAAUGGGAGAAAGAAAGAAUUCUUGAAGAUAUGCAAAGAGAACAAGCAUUAUUGGACCAUGUAAAAAUCAAUUAUAAGGAGAAAAAGCAAGAGUUUCUCAGGUUCCUUAAAGAAAGCUCACAAUAUGUGGCUCAGAAUGAAGCUCAGAUGAUGCAAAAUAGAAGCUUCCCCAGAUGAAAUGUGCAUGGGAAGAGUCCGGUACCCAUUUUGAAGCUUCAUAUGAUAUUUGAACUACAACUAUUUGUUUUAGCUGUCAUCUGUGUAAUUAUUUUCUGGUCAGACAAAAGAAAAUCUUACACGAAUGAAUAUGGGUGAACAGGGGUAGUUUCUUGGAUGGAAUGGGUUGACUUUUCCUAGAUGUAUUAUAUGCAGAGGCCUAACUAGAUUUGGCAUCAUUUCAUUCAUCAAAAAAAAAAAAAAAAAAAAAAACUAGAUUUGGCAUCAUUUGGCCUCAUCUUAUAUGCUUGGUUAAGGUAAAAACUUCCCCAUGAUAAGCAUGAAAAAGCUUCAAUACAGAAAAGGAAAACCGGAAGGAGCAGUGUUUUUCGCUUAUUUGAAACUUACAUGCUAGUUUCUGAAGAUAGCUCUUUGCAUCUUUCUUACUAGAGGAAUUCAUACAUCUGGGAUUCUGGACAGGGAGGUAAGUACACAACCUGCAUCUUUUGUUCGGCAGCAAGUAUGCAGGGCAUACAGAGGUUGUUAAUUGGACUUCAAUUUAUGGCAGCUUGAGAAAUUGUAUAUGUAAUAAUAAUUUUAGUUACUAGUACCAUGGCCAUCUAAUGGUUGGCAACUAUUUCUCAAUUUUUUUUUUCCAUACGGUAGAUUAGGGAGAAUAGUAUCUUGUGGGGGCUUUUCCAUGUUAGUCUGGCUUUAUGUGAUUGUAGAUUGCAGGAUGACUUGAAGCUGGAACCGUAAAAUGAGUAAUAGAAGUUCAUGUUGGACUGA